CAGCCUUUUCAGGCGUCUUCGCCCGUUUCCCCGAAUACGACUCGGCGGAAGAAAUCGAGGUUUACCUACAAACAAUUUGCGCAGCUGGCAUUAUCGUCUACGAGCUCGCCAUUGAGGGUCAUUGCGCAUGUGGAUUUGGAUGCUUUUUAUGCGCAAUGCGAGGUUCGUCUUGUUCUUAUACUGAGUUGUUGCACCUGUCUAUGAAGGUCGAGAGCUUGUAGCUUAGAAAUAAGCCACCAUAGCAGUGUCCGAGAUCCACCUAGACUUUCUGCAGAUUCACAAUGCUAACUCGUCGAGCAGAUGGUCAGGUUAGGCGUUGCAGAAGAUCAGCCUUUGGCAGUUCAACAAUGGCAGGGCUUGAUAGCGAUAAACUACCCCGCCAGAAAGUUCGGUCUUAAUCGACAUGUAAACAUCUCGGAAGCAAAGAAGCUUUGCCCAACUCUGAUAAUGCAACAUGUGGCAACCUGGAAAUUCGGGGAAGAGAAAUGGGGUUAUCACGAUGAUGCCUUCGCCCACAUUGCAACGCACAAAGUCUCCCUCGAUCCCUAUAGGCUGGAGUCGAGGAGGAUUCUGGCGUGUAUAAAGGAGGCUCUGCCGGCCAAUCUGCAGAAGGUGGAGAAAGCUAGCAUUGAUGAGAUUUUUGCCGACCUGUCGGCACAAGUCCAUUCUAUCAUGUUGGAGCGCUAUCCUGAAUUGAAGGGACCAGCUCCUUACGAUGAUCCGAGUGAGAAGCUCCCGUUGCCUCCUACGACUGCAUUGGAUUGGCAAGCGGAUGCACUAGUUGAUUUGGACGUGGACGAGACGGAAGACGAUGACCCGGAUUGGGACGAUGUGGCAAUCCUCAUAAGUUCUGAGAUUGUGCGAGAUGUCCGGGCAGCUGUUCGAAGCAAGCUAAAGUACACUUGUUCUGCUGGUGUUGCAAGCAACAAGAUGUUGGCAAAGCUUGGUUCGGCGCACAAGAAGCCGAACCAACAGACUAUUAUUCGAAAUCGAGCUGUGCAACAAUUCCUCUCGGACUUCAAAUUCACAAAGAUUCGUGGUUUAGGGGGUAAGCUCGGAGAACAAAUCACUUCCGCUUUCAAUACAGAUACUGUCAAGGACCUUCUACCGGUUUCCCUGGAGCAAUUGAAACAGAAGCUAGGCGACGACACUGGGACAUGGGUUCAUGAGAUUAUCCGCGGACAAGAUUCGAGUGAGGUUAAUUCUCGCACUCAAAUCAAGUCUAUGCUCUCUGCCAAAUCUUUCAGACCCAGUAUCAAUACACCAGAGCAAGCUCAUCGAUGGCUUCGGAUCUUUGCUGCUGACAUCUAUUCGCGACUAGUCGAGGAGGGAGUCCUCGAGAACAAGAGGAGACCAAAGACGAUGAACCUCCACCAUCGUUCCGGCGGUCAGACGAAAUCAAAGUCAGCUCCUAUUCCUCUUGGGAAGAAGAUCGACGAGGCUGCACUAUUCGAGCUUGCUAAGACACUACUCGGCCAGAUUAUUCUAGAGGGCAGGGUCUGGCCCUGCGCGAACCUCAGCCUCGCAGUUGCAGGAUUCGAAGAUGGUGUAUCUGGAAAUAUGGGAAUUGGAGCGUUUUUAGUGAAAGGCGAACAAGCUAAAAGCCUUAGUGGGGGUUCUCGAGAGUCAAGUCUGCCGGAAAGCGGUCAGGAGAGGGCAGAGAAACGACGUCGUGUUGAGGGACAAUCCGGGAUCCAGAAAUUCUUUGUCAAGACUGACAGCACCGAAGAGCACGACGACGACUUUGGCUUCCAGAGCUUACCCGGCAUGGAUGGUGUUUUGGCUGAAGAAGCAAACGCAUUAUCGAACGAUGGCGAAAAGGUGGCGGCGACGAUGCCUCGCCAGAAUGAAGCAGUUCGACCGUUUGAGGAGUCUUUCCCGGUCGCGACUGGGACAUCUGCUCUCCAUCAACAGCACAUCACUGAUUUUAUUUGUCCUCGUUGUAGUCAGGCUCUCGAAUCGUCAGAUGCUUUGCAAAGCCAUGAGGAUUGGCAUUUCGCCAAAGACCUACAGGAUGAGGAUCAUGCACAUGGAGCUCAAUCCAGGAUGGCUUCAAUGACCAGUAGCAAGAAGCCAACAGGAGCCACCGGAAAGAAGAAAACCUCGCGAGGAAAGCCAGAAAAGGGCCAGAGCAAGCUCGCCUUUGGUUGAUAAGGUCGAUCUUUCUUAAGUCCAAAUCAUCGAUGCCCAAUCCAAUAUGUCUUGAACUCAAGCGCUGAACAUGGGAUACAGUACAUGUUUAGACCUUCAAGUUCCUCCUCAAGUUGGACGACUUUUGACUUCAAGGCGAUUU